GCGCAAAUGCGGUAUAAGUAUAUGAGUUUGCUAAUAUCUGGAGUAAAUAUGAUGAGGUAAGCGCCCUUUCUUAUCUUAUCGCUGGUGAAAAUGGUGGCUGAGGUGCUGGUGACGGGCGGUGCAGGGUUCGUGGGGUCACAUACGGUGCUGGUGCUUCUGCAGAAUGGUUUCAAGGUGGUGGUCCUGGACAAUCUAGUCAACGCCGUCUCUGAAGGACCGAAACCCGAGGCUCUUGUGAGAGUUGAAAAGCUAGCCAAGCAAUCUGUCGUUUUUUAUGAGGCUGACCUUUGUGACUCCAAGGCUUUGGAUCGCAUUUUUACUUCACAUUCCUUUCAAUGCGUGAUUCACUUUGCUGCCCUAAAAGCUGUUGGCGAGUCUUGCCAGCUCCCUCUAUCUUACUAUCGCAACAAUGUAGCUGGAACCCUUGGCCUUCUGGAGGCAAUGAAGAAGCACAAAGUGAACCGCCUUGUCUUCUCGUCUUCGGCCACUGUCUACGGCACACCUCAGUACCUUCCGCUCGAUGAGGCUCACCCGACGGGACAAGGAUGCACAAACCCAUACGGACGCUCAAAGUUCUUCAUCGAAGAAAUGCUGGCCGACCUCUGCAGGGCAGAACCGGACUGGCAAGUCAUAUCACUGCGCUACUUCAAUCCAGUCGGAGCUCAUCCCUCUGGACAGAUAGGGGAGGAUCCUUUGGGAAUCCCUAAUAACCUGAUGCCUUUUGUGUCACAAGUUGCCAUUGGAAAGAGGAAAGAGCUCCAAGUAUACGGUGACGAUUACGAAACUCCUGACGGAACCGGAGUCCGCGACUAUAUCCACAUCAUGGACCUGGCUGAUGGCCACGUUGCAGCCCUGGAACGUGUGCUGGGAAAAGAUCCUCUUAAAGGGUUUGUAGCCAUCAACCUUGGAACAGGACGCGGAAACUCGGUGCUUGAGGUCGUGGCUGCUUUUGAGAAGGCCUCGGGGAAGACAAUCAAGUACAAAGUGGUGGAGCGAAGGGCUGGAGACGUUGCCACUUCCUACGCAGAUCCCAAACUUGCCAAGGAGCUCCUCAGCUGGAGUGCCAAAAAGGACAUCCUUGACAUGUGCAAGGACGCUUGGAACUGGCAGAUGCAUAAUCCCAAUGGAUUUCGUUCCUCCGAAAAUCAAAAGUAAUUAGAACAAGUUGAAACUCCGAAGUGAAAUAAAUUAGAGCAAUAAUAAAAUAUGAUUGUAAUUUUUCAUACCCCAAUAAUUAGAUAAUAAUUAG